GGACCGGCCGUCGUACCGUCUAGCAGAGGGCCAGUGCGCAUCUACACUUCAUCGCGAUCAGUUGUGCUCAAGCUCCCGUGCUUACCAACCGAGUCUCGCCUUCAAGAACAGUGAACCAGUGACUGUGUUAGUUUAACUUAAGUUUGUGAGUGAAUACCGAUCGAAAUGCUCUCCGUCACCGCCCGCCACUACUUGGAACAAGCGCGCCAGCAUGCCAACAGGCAGAACCCAAGGUUAGCGUUUGAAUAUUAUAUAAAGGCUGUCAAUUUGGACCCAGAAUUGAGACAUGGCAUCGAAAACGAAUACCGGGAACAGUUGACCAAAUAUAAUGAGAUAUUGGCCAAGGUGCCGGGCAAAAGGACACAGAUGUACAUCAAUUAUGUCGUCUCGAUGCGUAUGUACCCCGGCAACAUAAAUAUACUGUACGCCAUUGGCCAACAUCUAAUGAAAAAUUCAAAACCCCUUGAAGCGCUUUGCCACUUUGAGAAAAUUAUCCAAAUCGACUCUAAUUUAGUAAUGAUGGAAAGAAACUUGGACUCGGCAAAGAAACAUGUUUUCGAGGCCGAAAACUUUCGAUUCUUGAAUGAUAAGAAACGGAAAGAAGCGUACGAGAGGACUAUAAACAUAAUCAACAGAAAAAAUAACAAUUCAAGAGCGGACAUAACGUCGACUUAUGUUCAAAGAAAUAAAUCAAAGUCGAUACCCCACCGCAGCUACGUAGGCAGAAGCAACAUCCACGACGUGUUAACGACAAACAAGGACACCGGGCAGCUGGAGUUGCCCGAUAUAGUAAAGGGUAAAACGAUGCUGGUAAUGAACAAGUUCGGCCCUGGACUCUUCGGCAACGAGUUGUUGCCUGCACUCAAAACGAUCUGGGAGUGCAGGCACUUUCAAGACGGCAGGGUGACUCCGAGCAGCGCCGAGUUCUUCGUCGUGGGGGCCAAGUGCGACCGCCUCAUCGCCAGGCAUCAGCUGGGCGCCGCCGCCAAGCACAUCCUGGGAGUCACCCCGGGCCCGGUGCACGCGGACCGGGCCGAAUCCUUCCACGGCCAGGACGUCGCGACGUUCGACGACGUGGAAUACGUUACGGAGGCGGGGAGCGCCUUCAAAAUAGACUUCAACAAUUACGGCGACAUAAUGUCGAAAUAUCGCGGCGUCGAGGCGUACACCGCACGUUUAAAAGGGAAGGACGAGGACGCCGAAAUGAACGUGCUCGUCGGCUAUUUCAAUUUGCACAUGGCCGAGGGCGUGACUCUCACCACCGACCCGCGAUCGCCCGACCGCUCGGACGCCUGGCCCCAGGCGAUUUUUUUCGAUUUCAUACCUCGACCGAUCAAACGGGACGACGAGGUGUGCGUCGAACUUCAAUCGAAGGGAGGCAUGCUGGCGCUGGCCUCCGACACGGAUCAAAUCGCUCGGCUGGGGCCGGCCACGGUGGCGUUCCUGAACGACACAGCCUACGUGGAGGCGCUACGCAGCGGCGCGGGCUUCGCGGCGCAGUACCUGUCACAGGUGCGCGACGUACUCAAAGCCGACAUCGCCGACCUGUGCCCGUUCCCCGUGUUCGGGCUCUUCAUGCUGAAGCGCGGCGCGCGCUCGCUCACGUGCUUCGCGCAGACGCCCCACGACCGGCGGUUCAUCGAGCGAGUUUUCAAGGAGCACGGCAUCGAGAAGGACAGAUUCACGGUGCUUGCUCCGAACCUGCUCGACGUGUUCGGGGAUAAGAAAUUCAGCGCGGUGGUGUACAACGGGCUGCGACAGAGCGGCGAGAUCGACUCGACGAUUUGCAGGAUAAUGUACCACCUGCGGGUCGCGCACCUCGAGGAAGACGGGCUGGCGCUGCCGGCGCGGGUGAAACUGAUUGCGCAGCUGAUCAGCAGCGAGAAGUUGGACUCGCUGACGAAGGUGUGUGACGAGGGGCCGGUGGCGCGCGCUCUUAACCCGUUCCAGGCGUCGCAGGUGUUUAACCUCGACCCGACGCGACUGGAAUACGAGGCGCUGUCCGACCCGGAGACGAUGGCGGACUGCGUGCACCACAUGGGCCCGGCCACGGUACGGGUUGAGGUGACGCGCGACGGCGAGUGCGGAGCGAUCCUGUGCUGGUACGAGAUCCAUCUGCUGGACGGCACGGAGCCGUUGCCGACCAACCGGCGCGGCAGCUUCGUGGACUCGCUGGCGUUCCUGCUCAAAGACCCCGUAGAGUUGCACCGAGGCGAUACUGUGACGUUGGUCCGCUGCGUCGAUAUGGACGGUUCCUUUAAGUUGGCCCUCGACGUAGACGUUUUGUAAUCGGCACGGAGUCGUUCCCGACCAACCGGCGCGGCAGCUUCGUGGACUCGCUGGCGUUCCUGCUCAAAGACCCGGUGGAGUUGCACCGAGGCGAUACUGUGACGUUGGUCCGCUGCGUCGACAUGGACGGAUCGUUCAAGUUGGCCCUCGACGUAGACGUUUUGUAAUUCGGUAAAUUCAAUUAAAAGUGCUAGUUCGGUAAUGUAAAUCC